CCGGUGUGAGGCGCUGCGCGCACUGAUCGGCUGUUCACGAACCCGCCCGAGGAUCCCCGAAGAACCGUAAACAAAGAGAUCCAGCAGAACAGGGUCACGGAACCACAGCUGCCGCUGCUAAAAACAUCAGCUUGAAAGCAGGACACGUUGUUGGUCGAGCAUGCCCAGUAACACAGCUCAACUCCUGGAGUCCGACGAUACUGAACCGGACCUCCCGGUACCGGUACACAAUCUGAGCCGGAUGAGCCUCCGGGAGGAUGAGAGUCCAUCACAACAACAUGAUACUUCUCAUGUGGGUGUCCUGGGUGCGGUACUGGACCUCCAGCCCUUAUCCCAAACUGGAUCCGAGGAGGAAAACACCACCACUAACAACAACAACAACAACAUCAUCAGACAUGAUACUGAUUCAGGACAGCUCUAUGCCGGGGCACCGGGGACCGGUGGGCUCUUCCAGGACGGGCCGGGCGAGUCCCAGGGUUACCCGGUUCAGGGGAAUAUGAUGGCGAUGAUGAUGAUGAUGCAGGAGGGUGAGAGGUGUGCACUCAACACCAGGAGGAAGAGCGUAAACACAACAGAGUGUGUGAUGGUGCCCACUUCUGAACAUGUGGCAGAGAUAGUUGGCCGACAGGGUUGCAAGAUCAAAGCUCUAAGAGCAAAGACCAACACUUACAUCAAAACCCCCGUGAGAGGAGAGGAACCAGUGUUUGUAGUGACCGGCCGGAAGGAAGACGUCAUUAUGGCAAAGCGUGAGAUUCUGUCCGCGGCUGAGCAUUUUUCUCUCAUCCGGGCGUCCCGAAACAAAGUGGUGCCGAACGCAGGGCACAACGGCGUUCCUUGCCAUCCGGGACAGACCACCAUCCAGGUUCGGGUGCCGUAUCGAAUGGUAGGGCUCGUGGUGGGGCCGAAAGGAGCGACUAUCAAGAGGAUCCAGCAGCAAACCCACACCUACAUCGUCACGCCAAGCCGCGACAAAGAACCGGUGUUUGAGGUGACCGGGAUGCCUGAGAACGUAGACCGAGCUCGGGAGGAAAUCGAAGCCCAUAUUGCGAUGCGAACCGCAGGAAGCUUGGACACCAGCGUGGAUGAUGACGACUUCCAUUACAACGGCACCGAUGUUGGUUUCGAGUCGGGCGGCAACGGAGCCUGGCUCUUCUCCGGCGGCGUUUCAAACUUCCACAGCAAUGCUGCAGGGAAUCGCAACGACAGCUCCAGCUCGCUCGGAAGCAACUCUAGCGAGUCCCACUACAGCGGGAAAGGCAGCGCAGUGGCGGAUCUCAGUCCUGGCAGCAGCGGAGGCACGUUCUGGUUUGGUGAUUCCCAGUUGCCCUUGGGACCCGAAGAUCCUGCGGGAUACGACGGGCUAAUGAUGACGGCGCCGUCCAGCAAUCCGCAGCCGACACUGUGGGGCGCAAGUUUGCCCACUACGCCGAGGCUCUCUCCGUCUCUUCUGGCCCGUCUGUCUCCGUCUCUUCCGGAGGAUCAUCCGCUGGUUCGGUUGGUGCAGGAGAAUUCCCAGAGCCUCCCUGCCUUUGGUUCCGCGUUUUCUCCGUCUAGCGACAGCACGGGCUCCAGCUCUCCACCGGACGUGCGCACUUACCCAAAACACAGCCAAGUUCCUGCGUGCGUACGUUGUGGAGACAACAUGGCGGCGCUUGUCCCGUGCGGGCAAAACCUUGUUUGUUUGGAGUGUUCCAACUCCGUCCUGCAAAGCGCAUAGAGAGAGAGAGAGAGAGGGGAAAAAAUUGGGAUCACAAGAAAUUUACUUCUUCCUUCUUUAUUACGUUUAAAUAACUGGCAAAUGCAGGUUUCUGAUUAAUAACCACAGUUGAGUUCAUCUCAGAGAUUUGCGUUUAGCUGCUACGUCGUUUUUACGGCGAGCGUCGCUGGGGUUUAGCAGUGCUAAAUAAUCUUUUGUCAUUUAGUUUUCAAGGUAUUGACUGUGUUUACAUUUUCAUGUGCCUGAUUCCAUGACGCUGGUGGGGUGUGUGGCGAUCUGUGGCCUUUAGUUUCUGUUUCACACUAGAGUCGAGCAGCAGGUGAUCAUAAAGCGCCGUCUUGAACUCUUUGAACAUCUCCAACUUUGGCAUCUCCAACAAGGGCAUUGCAUGACAUCAAUAAAGGAAUUGUUCACUCAAAAAUGAAAAAUUUAGAAUUGAAUCACUCUCAACCCAUCUAAGAUGUAGAUGAGUUUGGUUCUUUGUCAGAACAUUUAAAUAUUUGGCUAAAUUUAGCGUUAAACCAUUUGCUCACCAAUGGAGAACGCAGUAUUAUGGAUAGAGGACUCCUAUUUGAGCCCGCAGCAACGGUUUGAAGUUAAAACGUGUUAAUGAUGGAUUUGUUUCUUACAAACAUGCAGCUUUUCACUCCACAAGACUUAAACUGAUGGACUGGAUUGAUGUGGAUUACUUGUGAUGUUUUUAUCAGCUGUUUGGACUCUUAUUCUGACGGCACCCAUUCGCUGCAGAGGAUCUUCUGUUGAGCAAGUGAUGGAAUGCUACAUUUCUCCAAAUCUGACGAAAAAACAAACUCACAUACAUCUUGGGAUGGCCUGAAAAUGAGACAAUUUUCUGCAAAUUCUCAAUUUUGAUUGAACUAGUCUUUUAAACUGAGCAAAAUGAAUUAUCUAAAUUGCAUAGUUAAACUGAACCGAACACAUAAACCGAAGUAAUUUUUAGAUAAAUUUAAACAUUGGUUAUGCUUGCGUUUCAAGUUAAUUUUGCUUUCAUGUUUCCAUCCACAUAUUUGUAGACCGAUUUUGGGAUGUCGUGUACAAAAGCUGGAUGGAAAUGCCAAGAUGCGAAAAUUAAAAAAUGCACAUACACGCUCAGAUGAGAUUCCUAGUUAUUUUGGCCGGGAAUUGAACGUGCACAAAUUAUGAUGGAAAAACUUUGCUGGAUGCGCAAUAAAAAUUAAGUCAGCACAAAAUUGCUUUCCAAAACAUCAGGCUUCCCCAGUUGCACCAAUAAUUUAUUACUCAUACUUUUGCGCCAUUUUCCCAGAAAGUUAAGAUUUUUUUAAAUCUUGAACACAUGGGAUUGAAACAGUGCUUUAUUCUCAAAUGUUUUAUUGAUUUGCAACUUUUAAUGGAAACAUUUAACUAGAGUGACGAUGCACGUAAAACUACGAACAGCCGUAGAGGCCCUUUUUGGUAAAUUGCAUUAUAGACCUAGUAUUUGUUGGUAACGACUCCCCGUUGCCUUAAAUGAAUGGGUCCUGCCAGGGCAUCACAGGGUGUCGUACCCAGAGGAGCCAUUCUGUUGACGAAAAUGUGGUUUAGACAGCUCAAAGUGUUGGCUGACACGGCUACAAACACCACUAAACUCAGAGAAACUGAAGCAUCAGAGAUCCAUAACCUCUCAAGAUUCACCUUGACAGGUUUUUUUUUUUUUUUACAAUUUUGUAGUAUUUCUGUAGUUUAUAUUUCAUAUUCAAAUAUAUAUAUAUUAAGAUUUAAGAUAUAUAUUAAGACUAUCUGGCGAGGAGUCAGCUGCUGCGAGUAUUAGCUUGUAGAGUAUUGAUGUUAGGUACUAUAGAGCAGGAAAGAGCACACCUGCAUGAUUUAUUAUCUAUUCCUAAAACACGGAAAAAAAAAGCCAAGGAUUAGAUAUAGACAUAUACACUGCAUUAGGUAUCAAUACUACCACAUUAUGAACAAAAUUAAAGUCCUAUGUUGAACAUGACUAGGAAUUUUAUGUUCAUCGGAGGGAUUUUCUUUUACCAUCACACUGCAACUAUGUUUCUGUAUUUUAUAAUUCAACUGUUCUUUUAUUGUGUAUAUACAUUUAUGCAGGGACAUGAAGUCAUAUAAGUUGAAUUCUUAAAGUUUAAAAUAUAUUUUAUGAUAAAUGGCCUCGCUGUCCUGUGGCCAGAGCACUGAUAUUAUAUAUUUGCUGUAAAAAAGAAUCAAGAUUUUUAUUUUUCUGAUAUUAAAAGUUCCUUAAUAAAUUGUUUCAUUUAAAAAAC